AUAUGAUACGUUCACGUACACAGUAAAGAUAACCUUGUGACGUCAUCAGACAGCACAGGUUGCGAGGUUGAACUGUCCCACGCCACGGGUCUCCUGUUUGCGCUAGGCCCUUUUGUCACAUUUCCAGGAAUUUGAAGCAAUAAUGGGUCACAAAGGAAAGCGGUAUUCCUCAUCCUCUUCUGAGAUGACUAGUAGUGACUCUUCCAGAGAAAACUCACCUUCCAGAGAUCAUGGAAGAAACAGGCAAGCAGAGAAAAGGAAAGCAAGUCACUCAAGAGAAAGAAGUAAACUCAAGGAAAAGAAAAGAAAGAGACACAGAUCAAGCAGUUCUAGUAGGUCUUCAUCUUCCUCGUCUUCUUCUUCAUCUCGUCAAAGAGAUAAUGGAGCUAAAAAGAGCCGGAUGAAGAAGAUCAAGAAAAAGAAGUACUCGUCAUCAGAGAGCAGUAGUAGCAGUAGCUCUUCAGAUUCAGGGAGCAGUGACUCUGAUAGUUCAUCAAGUGAUUCAAGUCUUGAACGACGGAAGAAGAGAAAGAAGCAGAAAGAGAACAAAAAAGGAAAGAAACAUAAACAAAUGAAGAAGAAGAAGAAGAAGAAGAAAAAGGAAUCGUCCAAGAAGAGCAGAAGCCCUGUCAGGUUAUCCACUUACUUGAACGAUGAAAAAGACGUAGGUAGGAGCGUGGUGUCUGGUCAGAAGAUUAAAAUGAAAGUCAGAAAGACUAGCCAGGAUAAAGCGCGUGAAAAGAACAGGGAACAAUUGCUCCAGUUUCUGAAUUCAACCAGGAAUUGAGAAGAGAUUGAAGCCUGCAAAGAUAAUUCAUCUGAGAGCUCCAGUAUAAGAGUGUUCAAAAUCUUGUGAUUGAGGAGAAAAAAUCUAUGCAUUACCGGCUGUCAUCAUGGUGAUUGAAAGAGUGAAUGAACAGAGGAACUUGAGAAAAACAAUCUUGAGAUGGAAAAAAAACUUGAUAGGACACAUCUUACGGGGGAUAACAUGCUGAGGGACAUCUUAGAAGGGAACAUGGAUGGUAAACAGGGAAUAGGAAGACCAUGAAUUGGGGUGGUGUCAGACUUGUUAAGUAAUAGAACAUAUGACACAAUGAAGAAGGCGGCUAAAGAUAGAGAAGAACGGCGAGGGAACUAAAGAGGGCUCUGGUGUGUGGAAAACACCUGUGAGGAUCAGCUGUCGUAAUUGCUUUCAACUGAGACUUUUUGUCAUAUUAGAUUUGAUUUAGAGGUGGAAUGUAUGCGAAAUCAAUCAAUCAUUCUGAGUGUAAUAAUGCAUUUUAAAGGUACCGGUAUACUUGACUUUGACGCUGUUGUCUUUCAGAAUCCUUCAAGUCCAUUAUUUACAAACUGCAUUGAAGUUUAAAUGAAUAUUUGGUCUGUUUGGAGCCAGAAGGGCGUUAACUUAUAUAAUCUAACACAACAUUCUGGCUCUGAACAUACAAUUUGAUUGUUAUUUUUCACCAAAAAUAAACCUGUAGAAUGGAAUGGUGCUCAGUGGCCAUUGUCUUUUUACACUUUCGUAUUUUCUUUUCGCAUUUAAAUUCUAUGUACUUGUACUAGGGAUUGUAGAAAGUGUAGCAUUGUGUAGAAAUAAGAGACAAUUGUUUAAUGUUAGCCCAACAUAUUUAGGGGAACUGACAAAUAAUGUGCCUCAUAGCUAGUGUACAAGUCUGCAAUGUCCUGAAUCGUUUCACGCUUUAAGCUCCCUAGUCAAAAUAUAAUAGUCUGAAGCUAGCAGAAAAACAGUUAGAAAAGUAUAUUUUCUUUUAAAACUGCACAGAAUUUCCAACUCUGAAUAUAUUUUUCAUCUAUGUUUUGUUCCAAAUCCUUAGCCUUAACAAUUUUUCGUCUAUUU